UUUUGGCUGUGAAACGUGGCACGGUCAAAGCUUCCGGUGGUGUUUUAUUUUGAAGGCCCCUGGUGCGCCUCCGGCCUGCUAAGUUUGGAUCCCUGUACCGCAGCGGCUCCUGGUUCUGAUCUGCUCAGACUUGCGGUUUCGGCUAGACGCUUUCUGCGGGACUAAGGUCGCCUGCGCCGGGGGAGGAGCUCCGUGGCUGGUCAGGUCCAUCUCCAGCUGCAGGUGAUGACCGCUAGCUAAGCAUGCAGCGGCCCCGUAUUGGCUUCGCCACCUUCGCUAGGCUCUAAACCAUGCUCAGCUCUGUAAGCCAGCAUUAGCAGAAAUCUCAAACUCUUCUCAGGAGGCAGCCAUGUUGGAUUCAGAAAGUGUCAGAGGAAGUUAGAGAAGCUCAGAUGACCAAGGAGCCGUGAGCUCGUACUGAAGACGUCAAAGAAGCCAUCCUGUUGGAAGGUUGGCAUCACCCGAGGGCUCACGGCCAGAGCAUGACCAGCCUGUUCAGACGCAGCAGCAGCAAUGGGGGUUCUCGCAGCGGUGGGGGAGGAGGAGGUGGCAGCGGCGCUCCAGGACAGCUCAACAACAGCCGGCCCAACCGGCAGGUCAGACGACUGGAGUUCAACCAGGCCAUGGAAGACUUCAAGACAAUGUUCCCCUCCAUGGACUAUGAGGUGAUCGAAUGCGUGCUGCGCUCCAACAAUGGCGCCGUGGACGCGACCAUCGACCAGCUGCUGCAGAUGAGCAUCGACGGACAGGGCUCUGACGACAGCUCUGACUCGGACGACAGCAUCCCAGCAGAGAUCCUGGAACGAAGUCUGGAACCGGAUAGUUCAGAUGAAGAACCGCCACCUGUUUACUCCCCGCCAUCCUAUGACAUGCACAUCUAUGACAGGAAAUACCCAGAAGCUCCACCAAUACCACCGCCAAG